CUGCGCGGCACCGACUCGCCAUAUUUAAGGCGCUUUCUCGCUGCCUCGCAGAGCUGACAUGAACAUCUUCACUAAGGUCCCAGGAUUAGCCCAACAAACCAGCAAACUGGGGUCUGUGCUCCAACGUGCCUUCUAUGGGUCGACUGGGAGGGUGACCCUUUUCGAGCAGCGGAACUUCGCUGGCAGACGACUGGACCUGAACUACGACUGUCCCAGGAUCAGCGACAAGAACUUCCCAGAGAGAUGUAACUCUGUUCAGGUGGACAGCGGAGCGUGGGUCGGUUUCGAGCAUGAGAACUACCGAGGCCGGCAGUACCUGUGGGACAUGUCCGACCGGGGCGAGUACAGCUGCUACGACAAGUGGUGCGCUCAGGUGGACCACGUCUCCUCGGUCCGCUCCAUCAAACAGGACAACAACCCUCCCAGAGCUCAGCUAUUCGAGCGAGCAGGUUUCUCCGGAAAGAAGAUGGAGAUCCAAGACGACAUCCCCAACCUGUUGAGCCGCUACAACCUCAACAGAGUGGCGUCCAUCCGCGUCCUCGGGGGAGCCUGGGUCGUCUACCAGGAGCCCAACUACAGGGGGCCACAUUACGUCCUGGAGAAACGGGACUAUAACAACUUCUCCGACUGGGGCAGCCAGAACAGCACCGUGGGCUCCAUGCGCCGAGUCCGAUUCAACUGAACAAGAACCUCGACCCGAAGAGGAGCACCGAUGGAGCCUGUCAGCUUUACAUAGAAAAUAAAGACUAUUUUAGUAAUAAA